AUGGCAGAUGAUCAUGAAAGCCCCUCCUCAGUGGAGGAGGCGCCAGUCGAGUCCCUCAUUCAGGGGCGUGCGAAGCGAAGCACAGCCGGCCUUCAUAUGUCAGCCCUCCUGGAUGCCGCCGCAGACGAUGACCUUGCGCUCUUGUUCGAGGAAGUGGAGGAUGACAACGAGUUUGCGAUGGAUGUGGAGGAAGAAGGGGGCGAAGAGGAUGAUAUGCGCUUCGAGUCUUCGUCCGAUGAUGAGGAUGAUCAAGGACCCGAGUCUCGAGCUGACGACAUGGAGGGGGAGCAACAGAUACAGAAGGAGGAGCGACAAGAAAAGAAGAAAAAGAGAGCUCGAGAAGACCUUCGAUUCAAGAUAGCCAGCAAGAAGGUCAAAAUCGAUCCUACUGCUGUGUCUGCAGUGCCCGCUCCUCGCCCCAAAAAGAAAUCGGAACGUAUCUCAUGGAUCCCUACGCCGGAGGAAGGGCCCACGCGAUCAUCCUCUCGUCGCCAGACUAUGCAGAACAAGGAACUUACGCAUGCACGCCUGAAGGACAGCGAAGAAAAGCGCAUCCGUCUCAUCGCCACCAUGGAGGAAGCAGCUAAAAGAAAGGCCCAGUUCAAACCGAAGGAGAUGACGCAAGCCGAGCGUCUUGCAGAAGCAGAAAGGGUGGAGAGGCAUAACAGCAAGAGUCUAAAUCGAUGGGAGGAAAUGGAAAAAAGGAAGGCUGAAGAGAGGCGUGCCAAAAUUGAAGCCCUUCAGAACCGCCGCCUUGAAGGCCCGGUCAUGUCAUACUGGAGUGGCAUAGCAACCUGGGUUAAUGGUCGCUUAACGCGCAUUGGCAAAGUUGACGUUACGGCAAAACCUGAGAAGGAGGACACUACACGCAAGAAAAGCAAGAAGACGGACAAAGAAAACAAAAAUGUGAUAGAGCAAAAACCGACCGAGGACUCUACUGUUGCUGGUUCUGCCACGUCGCAAACAGCCCCUCCUCCCACCCAGACUGAGGGUUCUGCGCUACCACAAACACCCGGCGAUGCAGAACCUGCAAAGCCGAACCAAGACCCUGAACAGCAACAAACAAGCUCUGAGCCCACUCAGACCAAUGGCGCAAUAUCCCAAGAGAAACCCGCUGAUGCACCAGUGGAGGCACCCGCUGCUACGCCAAAGGAAGCACCCACCGAUACACCAAUGGAGGAACCCACCCCCUCUCAUGUGAACACAGAGGCUACUGCUGCUGCCCCUACUCCGGCUGCUGCUGCUGCUGAUCCUGUGCAGCCUGCCACAGAUGCAGUUAACGACGAGUCGGCUACAGAAGCAGCACCAGGCUCUGGUUCAUCAAUAAUUGAAGCUGAAAAGAAAGAGGAAGCCACCGAGACCAAGGCUCCAGAUGCAGCUCCGGAGGAGAGCAAGUCUGAUGAUAAGCCAGAUUUACAACAAAAAGACGACGCUGUACACGCAGCCGAAGCUCAACAGCCUACGUCGCAGGAGUCUGGCGAGAAGCCUACGUUAGACUCCGAAAAGCAGCCUGACCAAGGUCCACCAACUGCGGCGGCAAAGUCCGAUGAUGCAUCGAAGGAAACAGCUCCUGAACCAACCACAGCCGCUGAACCUGUGUCUGAACCUGCCACGGUGCAGCAGGAGCUAUCCCCUACCACAGUACCAGAUGCAAAUGCCGCCCCUUCGCAGAUUAACCCGCAGAAGGAGACGCCCAAUCCAGCACAACCGGGCCAAGAGGCUCCGGAGGUGCAUACAGACCAGCCAGCUGUUGCGAAUGGGGAAACCCCACAACCGCAAGUUCCAGAGGUACCUCAGGUUGUCGAGCAAACAGGACGAACCCUUACGGUGUUGGAGAACUUUGAUGACAAGACCGCCCAAAGCCGCGAGUUCAGUAUCUACUUCAACGCCAAAAAACCUCCUAGGCUAACCAAAAUCUCUUCAUCCCUCUGCGUUAUUACAUCACUACCCUCGCGCUAUCGGGAUCCCGAAACCUCCCUGCCCUUCGCAAACUCACAUGCUUACAACGAAAUCCGACACACGGUGGCACAAAAGUACAGUUGGAGUCCCAUGCUGGGAUGCUACGUUGGACCUGUCGGAGUCGCUGCGCGAGGAGUACCAGCGCGGUUCCUCGGCGGUCCUGAAGCAAAAGAAGAAACUAAAGAGAGCGGAAAGGACGACAAAGCCGCUAGCAACGAGGCCACCACCACUAAUAGUGACAAGACAGAAAAAGAGAAAGAGAACGAAGCAAAGACUUCCGCCGCGGAGGCACCUGCUCCAUCUACAUCCGGCCCUUCAGCUGCAGCCGCACCCGCGUCCGCAUCAACACCCACGCCCACACCCACACCCACACCCGUUGCGGCUACCGCGGGCGAUCCGAUGGAUGUCGAUAAAUGA